AUGACCCGCCCCUCCACCCGCGCAGCCGGUCGACGCACCGCAACUGCGCCGCGCACAUCUCCCUGUUUCACCGAACGCUCACCAACCAAGACAUCUGCAACCCCAUUGAUCUCCUCUCCGUCCAGUCUCGUACAGGUCUUAGACUUCAGCCCUCCUGAAGGGGGAUGGGGCACCCCCGUGACGGUCCGCAUUAAAGUCAAGCACAACGCUCUCCCCGCCCUUUGCACGCGACUUGUAAUUGGCCAUCAGGCCGUCAACACCGCCGUGCAGGAGUUUUCCGCUGCUGGGCUCGCAGGCUGGCAGCUAGAUGCAGCUAUACCCCGCCAAGCUUCCGAUGUGAAGGUACCCAUGAUCGUUCAAGUGCUUGAUAUGAAUAGCAAGGUGAUAGAGUCGCUCACAUUUGCUGAGUUUACAUACCGCGUAUCAGGCAAGUCCUCACCGUUCGAUAUCUCGGAUCAGGCUAAACGAUUCACCCUCUUUUCAGGACCAACGAAAUCCGUUUCAUGCUCCGAGUCACCAGCACUAAAGAUCAAGCGAUGUUCCUCUCAUCCACUCCCUUCAUCGACCGCGCGACACGUAUCCUCAUCAGCAACAUCCGUUCGCAGAUCGCAAUUCCACCGCCGCCGUAAAGCUCCUUAUUGUGCAAGCGGCGACAGUGACGAUGAUUCGACCCCGGUUCUCCGGCUGAUCACCCCCCUCGAAACCAUGUGCUCCGACUGGAGCGACGAAGAGCUCUCCCAGGGGCGGCGACUCGUCAAAUUCUACAAACUCCAGCAAGGUAGAGACCUCCUCGUCUCCUGCGAUCCCCUCAUGCAGGAAGACUACCAUGAAUCAGACACCGUCAUUUCGUGUAUCUACCGUAGGGAGUCCCAGGAAUUCUUUGCAACCUCCGUCGAUAUUAUAUACCUCCUCGAGAAGCUCACUAACGACGAAUUUCCCGUCGAAGAGAAGAAUCGCAUCAGGCGCAAUCUGGAGGGUCUUCGCCCUGUGACGGUGUCGAAACAUAAGCACGGCUUUGAGAGGUUCUUCCAGAGCAUCAUGAAGUUCCCCGAGCCGAGGCCCCGCAAUAUCGAGAAGGAUCUCAAGGUGUUCUCGUGGCACUUGCUUGGCCAAGCGUUGGCCAAGAUAUUGUCGAAAUACACAAUUGUCGGGCCAUCGCCAAAGACACGCGUCCCGAAAGUAGAGGAACCGGUCCUCGUACCCAAUCAAGAUUGGGAGACCUACUUCCUUUCUGACGAGGAAAAGCCCUUGAUGACCCAUAUACGCCCUUCACAUGCUCUCAAACGCGAGUCAUUACUGGCUCCGUAUUUUGUCGACAUGUCCGAAGACAGCCCUCUCCCCGUAUCCGUGUCGUUGCAUGACACUGAAUACGACUAUUGUUCACCCGAAGAGGCCGUUGAUGCCAAUCUUGCAAAAGCAGCUCGUUCCGUUAUGCCCAAAGAAGAAUCCUUCGAAGAUCUAUCCUUGCCCUACCCUUACGACUCUUGGUGA